CAGCUUUCUUGGGUCGUACUGAGGCUUUCGGGACUGCGGCGGGAAGAUGGCGGCCCCCCGGGAUGGGCUUGAAGCUGUGGAGGCAGAGGGCAGCGCAGGGCUCCAAGGGACCUCGGGAAUAGAGGUGGUGCUUCCCUUGGGUCCCGCUGUUUCGGCCCCGCUGUGCCCUCACGGACCCACUCUUCUGUUUGUAAAGGUAACCCAAGGGAAAGAAGAAACUCGGAGGUUUUAUGCAUGUUCAGCCUGUAGAGAUAGAAAAGACUGUAAUUUUUUUCAGUGGGAAGAUGAAAAGUUGUCGGGAGCUAGACUUGCUGCCCGAGAAGCUCAUAACCGAAGAUGUCAGCCUCCCCUAUCCCGAAGGCAGUGUGUGGAAAGGUACUUGAAGUUUAUUGAGUUGCCCUUGACUCAGAGAAAGUUUUGUCAAAGAUGUCAGCAGUUGCUGUUACCAGAUGACUGGGGACAACAUAGUGAGCAUCAGGUUCUGGGUGAUGUUUCUGUCACACAGUUAAGAAAGCCCAGUCAACUCCUUUAUCCACUGGAAAACAAGAAGACAAAUGCCCAGUAUCUGUUUGCUGACAGGAGCUGUCAGUUCUUGGUAGACUUACUUUCUACCCUCGAAUUCAGAAGAGUGCUAUGUGUUGGAACACCAAGGUUGCAUGAGCUGAUCAGGUUGACAGCAUCAGCUGACAAGAACUCUAACAUUAAAAGCCUUUUAUUGGAUAUUGAUUUUCGGUAUUCACAGUUUUACAUGGAAGAUAGCUUUUGCCAUUAUAAUAUGUUUAACCAUCAUUUCUUUGAUGGAAAGACUGCCCUUGAAGUAUGCAGAGCAUUUUUACAGGAAGAUAAAGGCGAAGGAGUCAUUAUGGUGACAGAUCCUCCGUUUGGUGGCUUGGUUGAACCUCUGGCUAUUACGUUCAAGAAGUUAAUUGCUAUGUGGAAAGAAGGUCAAAGCCAAGAUGACAGGGACAAAGAACUACCCAUUUUCUGGAUUUUCCCCUAUUUUUUUGAAUCCCGAAUUUGUCAGUUUUUUCCAAGCUUGCGGAUGCUGGAUUACCAGGUAGAUUAUGAUAAUCAUGCACUUUAUAAACAUGGAAAGACAGGUCGAAAACAGUCUCCUGUGCGUAUUUUCACCAACAUUCCACUCAACAAAAUAAUCCUUCCUACUGAAGAAGGGUACAGAUUUUGCUCUUUGUGUCAACGAUAUGUUUCUCUAGAGAAUCAGCACUGUGAGCACUGUAAUUCUUGCCCAUCCAAGGACGGAAGGAAGUGGAACCAUUGCUUUCUCUGCAAAAAGUGUGUGAAGCCUUCCUGGAUCCACUGUAGCAUUUGCAAUCACUGUGCUGUUCCAGACCAUUCUUGCCAGGGCCCCAAAGAUGGCUGCUUUAUUUGUGGCGAACUGGAUCACAAACGCAGUACCUGUCCUAACAUCGCUACAUCUAAAAGAGCUAACAACUACUGUGGAUCAUUUCCAGGAAUGAUCCCUGUCUCCACUGCCUACCAACACACAUGAGGGGGGCUACAGCAAGCUUGUCUAACCCGUAGCCUGCAGCCCAGAACGGCUUUGAAUGCAGCUCAUCACAAAUUAGUAAACUUUCUUAAAACAUUUUGAAAUUUGUGUGUGUGUGUGUGUUUUUUUUUUUUUUAGCUCAUCAGCUGUCAUUAAUGUUAGGGUAUUUUAUGUGUGGCCCAAGACAGUUCUUCUAAUGUGGGAAGCCAAAAGAUUGGACACCCCUGGUCUAUAGCAGCAUAUAACUCUGCUGUUUCCUGCCCACACCUGGAACUCCACACCUGCGCUGUUUCCUUUGCUGUAAGGCUUAGGAAAUUCAUAUUCUGUGAAGACUUCAUGUGCAGGUGGUUAUACUCUGUCCUUUGUAGUACAGUGUUUAUGCCUCUGGGAACAGCCAUUUUCACAAGUUGUGUGGGCAUUUGUAUUCAGGUAAGUUCCAGGAAAAUGGACAUUCAAUUUCCAUAAGAAUGUAAAGUGCAUAGAUACUGGACACCCACCAGCUGAUCCGUUAUAACUGCCCCAAAACAACACCUGAAAAUGCAUUUUGAAAAACAAAGGCAAGUGCGUUUUCACCUUAGAAAUGUUGAUUCUGGAAGAGUUGGGGGGACAUGCUAAGUUGUUUGUGGCAAAGGCAAGGGUUGCAAAGCCCCUGAGAGGAAGUCAAGGAUUAAGAACAGUGCCUGGCACAAAUUAGUUACUUGACACUGAAUGAAUUAAUCUCCCUCCAUCAUCUACUUCCCAGGGGCUAGAUCCAGUCAGAGGUCAAGAAGAGGGGGCUUGUUAGAAGUUAAAGGUCCUGCAGUGUAGGGCUGAGGGCCCCACAGGGUCGUGGUGUGUCCCUUAUGCUGUGCUGAGGUGCAGGAUCCAACAAACAAAGAGACAGGACACAGAAGUACAAGGAAAAUGGAGCUGGGCUCAGGGGGGCCCUAAUGUCCAGAAGUGUCAGUAUUUAUUGUGUAUAGGUUAGGAGGCAGGGCAGUGAGUGAAGUCAUCUUCAAAGAUAGUGAUAGGAUUGUGAGCAAUAAAACAAGGGGUCCAUCCUCAUUAGGUCACCUAGGCUAUGAGGUGGACAGUGUGCAGCAAGAUGUCCACCCCCAUUAGAUCACUGAGGCAUGGAGGUGGGCUGUGCGCAGUGAAGAGGGUGCAGUGUGCACUACCUCUACCAACGGGCAAGCUACUUCUAAGAUUUGUGGGAGGAUGCUUUAAGUCACACAGCAGUGACAGAGCUGUCAGGGUUACCGCCACCUGUUGGCAGCUUCCAAUGAGUUCUAUAGGAAGACGCUUUUUGGGCAGCACAGUAACAAGAGCUAAUAAAGUUCACAGUCACCAAGGUACAAUUAUCCGUAGGGGUUUUGAGCCCUUGAAUGGAUGCUAGAGGGAUUGCCGGUCUGAGGGCAGCCUUCCACAAGAAGACGCGAGGUCCUACAACUCCUUUAUCAGGAGGAGUGGCUCUUGCCCCAAGCCUGCCAUACAGUGGGUAUCUUAAUGAUACUGAACACUGCCCCCUGGGCCAUGGAUUCUUGUCCUGGUAUAACUGUUUUUCCCUUAAAUCAUGCUCGGCACUGUCUGCUCCAGACAUUCCUCUGACUAUAAGCUGCUUAUUCCUUAAUUCAUGCUCUGUACCGUGUCUACUCCAGGCAUUCCUCCAAUUAUGAACUAAGAUAUAGUUAUAUAUAUAUAUAUAAAUGAGUGGUGAGAUAUUCUUUAGGCACUCAUUCUAUGAACAAAUAUAUGAUUAUAUAGAGAGAAUUAUAUAAAGAAAUAACUGAGUAGUAACACUAUAAACUGAGAUAUUCUCCAGAUCUUAAUUGUGCCAGGAUUUUGCUUAGUUCUCCUUCCUUGGUGCCUAUGUGGGGGGUUAUCCACACUGAGGCCUCUUUCUCCAUUGAACAAGUGAAAGGUAGUGAAAAGUAGAUGGCUUUCUACCAUAGGUCUGUGGGAAGUAGAAAAGUUCCCUUUUAAAGUUUCCUUGCUUAUUAAAGAGUAAGUGUGCUAAUAACUCUUUGUUAAGCCCUAUCCUAUGUAGUUGUUAGACAUGCCAUGCUUAUAGGCAGGUAGUAUAUUCUAUGUUCUUGUAUUUCAACCAAGAUAUCUGUGCUGAACCAGGCAUAUCCCAGCUCUCCAUUGCUUUUACCUAUUUAGAAAAGUUUUAAGUUGUUACCCAAUCGGGUUUUAAUUUAGAUUGUGAGGUCUGGCUCCAGCUAAUGAAGAUCAGACACAGCAGUAAGGAUGACCCCAAAUGCAUAAGGGAUAAAUUUGUGUGUUUUCCUUUGUUCAUUGUAUUCUUGUGGCAUGAGCUUCCUGCAGACCAGGAAGUAAAAAUUGCAUUGCUGAAAAAUCCUUUGUCUCAGUGCUAAGUUUUCUUUGCAGCACCGAACAUCUAUUUCCAACAGAUUUUAAGAACCCUAGAAUGACACUGUCACAUUCUCUCAGGGAGGUCAUAGCUGUGGGAACUGUGAACAUGCUGACUCAUUUAAAUGUGUCCUACAUAAAUCAACAUCAGAUGAGUUCUGAUUUACAAGACUGCCAGGCAGGCCUGUGAGCCUUCUGGCAAAACCCGUCCCAUGCAUUUGUGUAGCCCCAGUUCUUCCACAUAGUAAAUGCCCAAGAAGCUACAGAAGAAAUCGUGUGUGAGCCCACAGUCCUCAUUCCUUAUGAUGGGGCUGCAAUUACCAAUAAGUUGUGAGCGUUAAAUGGGAUGAGGAGUCACAGUAUUAUUUGCUUGUUAGGGAGGUUUGAGGGCAGGCCCCUCUUCCCUCUUCAAAUUGGAAUCACCCAAAGAGUUUUAGUAAAUACUGGGCCCAUCCAGAGUUAAUUCUCUUUUAAUUGGUUUGGGGUGCUGCUUGGACAGGUGAACUUUUAAAAUU